AUGACGCUGGCCCCUCCGCCCCUUGCCCCUCCCGCUUUGUCCCAUUCGUCCUUCCCCCUGUCCCGCUGCUCUCCACAGUCACACCAUAGACUGUAUCAGACCAAAGCUAAAGAGUCCCUCAGCACCACGACCGCCGGCAGCAGCACAACACUGACAGCUGUGACUGACUCAACUCAGAGGAGAAAGAUGGAGCGCGGACAAGUCGAUUUUAAUAUUAUGCUAGCGACCGAUUCAUACAAGGUCACCCAUUACAAGCAGUACCCUCCCAACACAAGUAAAGUAUAUUCCUACUUUGAGUGUCGAGAAAAGAGAACAGAACCAAGCAAGAACAGAAAAGUCAAAUAUGAGAAAACUGUCUUCUACGGACUACAAUACAUUCUUCACAAAUAUCUAAAAGGAAAAGUAGUGACUCCAGAGAAGAUCCAGGAGGCAAAAGAGGUCUACAGAGAACACUUUCAGGACGACGUUUUCAAUGAGAAGGGAUGGAACUACAUUUUGGAAAAACACAAUGGACAGCUCCCUAUAGAAAUCAAGGCAGUGCCGGAGGGGAGUGUCAUUCCUCGAGGAAACGUUUUGUUCACUGUGGAGAGCACAGAUCCUGAGUGCUACUGGCUCACCAACUGGGUGGAGACCAUACUGGUGCAGAUCUGGUACCCAAUUACAGUCGCCACCAACUCCAGAGAACAGAAGAAAAUCCUGGCCAAGUACCUGUUGGAGACCUCUGGAAACCUGGACAAGCUAGAGUAUAAACUACAUGACUUUGGUUACAGAGGAGUGUCAUCUCAAGAGACUGCAGGCAUCGGGGCUUCAGCUCAUUUGGUGAACUUCAAGGGCACGGACACUGUGGCCGGCAUCUGCGUCAUUAAGAAGUAUUACGGCACUAAGGACCCCAUCCCUGGCUUCUCUGUACCAGCUGCAGAGCACAGUACGAUCACAGCGUGGGGCAAAGACCAUGAAAGAGACGCCUUUGAACACAUCAUCAAGCAGUUCCCCAGCGUCCCAGUGUCCAUCGUCAGUGACAGCUACGACAUCUACAACGCCUGUGAGAAGAUCUGGGGGGAGGACCUCAGGAGCCUCAUCGUGUGCCGCAGCGCAGAUGCCCCUCUGGUGGUCCGGCCUGACUCAGGAAACCCCCUGGACACUGUUCUAAAGGUUUUGGAGAUCCUCGGUAAGAAGUUUACUCCAGAAGAAAACUCCAAAGGUUAUAAGGUUCUGCCUCCUUACAUCAGGGUCAUUCAGGGCGAUGGCGUAGAUAUCAACACUCUGCAAGAGAUAGUGGAGGGCAUGAAGCAACAUCGGUGGUCCAUUGAGAACAUUGCAUUUGGAUCAGGAGGAGCUCUUUUACAGAAACUCACAAGAGACCUUCUCAACUGUUCGUUCAAAUGCAGUUAUGUGGUCACAAAUGGACUGGGGGUGAACGUUUUCAAAGACCCUGUCGCAGACCCGAAUAAACGCUCUAAGAAAGGACGUCUUUCUCUGCACCGGACACAGAGCGGCGACUACGUGACUCUGGAGGAGGGCAAGGGCGAGAUGGAGGAGUACGGGGUGGAUGUUCUACACACUGUCUUCCAGAACGGGAAGAUUGUGAAGACGUACACGUUUGAUGAAGUCAGAGACAAUGCAAAGCUCAAAGAGAGUGAGCUUGAAGAGCUGCAGUAA